CAGAGACUGUGGAGAAGCUGUCCAUCAAAGCCGAGCCCGGAGGAACCAUCCAAUGGGAGUGGAAAGAGGGGCGGGAAAGUUCACCAGCCGUCACUCGUAGCAACGGAUCGGCCAAUGGGGUGAGAGGAUGUAAGGGGUGGCCGGGACGGGGAGGUGCUGGAGCGCAUCUCCCUCUCUCUUUCACCCUCUUCCCCAUCUGCGGCUCGAGCGCCGUCAAAACAGUCGCGAGCGAGCGGGAAAGAGGGGGGAGUUGAGCGGUGGCGGCGACGGUUAAAAUUCAAAUCGCUGCAACGUCGGGCUUGGUGUUGGGUGAGCCAACCCCUGGAGGACGUCCGAUCUAUUAUUAUUGAGAAAGAAAGAGGGGAGGAAAAAAUUGAUCUUUGGAUUUAAAACAAGAAGAUCAGUGACAUUUCCAGAGGGGAGAGGAGUAUUUUUCUAAUUUUUUUUCCCCUUUCCCCUCUUUCCCUCUUCACACCCUGUGGACUCUGUGUCAGGGUCUUUUGUGUGUGUGUGAGAGAUUUUCUUUUCAUUUUGUGGCCGGUGUGUGAUGGAGGACCAGUCCCGGCUGCUGCAGCCUCACCCCGGGGUGGCUCUGGCGGUGCACUCGCUCCCUCCUCACUCCCAGGCGGACGGAGGCGACCCCGAGGGACGGAAACAGGACAUCGGAGACAUCCUGCAGCAGAUCAUGACCAUCACUGACCAGAGCCUGGACGAGGCUCAGGCCAGAAAACAUGCGUUAAACUGUCACAGGAUGAAACCGGCCCUCUUCAGUGUUUUAUGCGAAAUCAAAGAAAAGACAGACGCACAGUGGCAGCAGUGUAUACCAUCUACAAAAUGUACUGCAACAAAUCACCAAGGCUCCAUCGACAGCACCUUUCAAACUCAGGAAUUGUGCGAUCUAAUAAGACAAGGGCAGCAGAUGCCUGGAAACACCACCACUAUGCUCAGCAUCCGAGGUGUACAAGAAGAAGAGCCUCCAGACCCACAGUUGAUGAGACUGGAUAAUAUGCUGUUGGCUGAAGGUGUGUCCGGGCCUGAGAAAGGUGGAGGAUCAGCAGCAGCUGCAGCAGCAGCAGCAGCAUCGGGUGGAUCGCCAAAUGAUAAUUCCAUUGAGCACUCUGACUAUAGAGCCAAACUGACACAAAUUCGGCAGAUUUAUCACUCAGAGCUGGAGAAAUACGAGCAGGCAUGUAGUGAAUUUACCACACAUGUUAUGAACUUACUUCGCGAGCAGAGUCGGACCAGACCUAUUUCACCAAAGGAGAUUGAGCGUAUGGUUUCUAUUAUCCACCGAAAAUUCAGCAGCAUCCAGAUGCAGCUAAAACAGAGCACAUGUGAAGCGGUCAUGAUCCUACGCUCUCGUUUCCUUGAUGCAAGGCGAAAACGACGUAAUUUCAGCAAGCAGGCCACAGAAGUUCUGAACGAGUAUUUCUACUCCCACCUGAGUAAUCCCUAUCCUAGUGAGGAAGCCAAAGAGGAACUGGCAAAGAAAUGUGGUAUCACAGUGUCACAGGUACAGCCUACUCUCCCAGCUUCAGCCUGGGAUUCGUCUGCAGUCCACAUCCACAGAUAUCACUACACAUUCCCCUCAAGCCAGCUUGGAGAAACAAGCAAAGCAACAAAUGUGUCGAAUUGGUUUGGUAAUAAGCGAAUCAGGUAUAAGAAAAACAUCGGCAAAUUCCAGGAAGAGGCCAACCUUUAUGCAGCCAAAACUGCAGCAGAUGCCACAACAGUGGUAGCCCACCAAGGCAGUCAGGCAAACUCCCCGUCCACACCCAAUUCAGACAGCAGUAGGUUGGAGUCAGAGAGGACCCAUACCAAUCUGGUGCUGACAACAGAGAUGCAUGGUUCAGGUUCUUCUGGUUCUUUUAACAUGCCAAACUCUGGAGACUUAUUCAUGAACAUGCAGUCACUGAAUGGGGAUUCUUACCAGGGUUCUCAAGUUGGAGCUAACGUGCAGUCACAGGUGGAUUCCCUGCGUCAUGUUAUACACCAGACAGGCGGAUACAGUGAUGAGAUGGCGGCAACCCAGAUUUACACCCCAAGGCGUAUAGAUGCUAAUGGCAGCUGGCAGGAUGCUACUACCCCAUCUUCUGUGACUUCACCCACUGGAGGACCAGGCAGUGUCAAUUCAGACACCUCCAACUGAUGAGCUGCCAGCAAUCACCUACUACCCCACUGGCUUUCAUUUCAUUCGACGCAUAGGAUGCAAAGGACUUGAUUUCCAACCUGAUUUCACUGGAAGGGUCAUUGGGAUUCUUUCCUGGGUAGAAGCUCCCUGCCACCUAUAUGUAAAUAUAGUAGGACAAGAAAAGGUAUUUAUACAUUUUUCACACAACAGAGUGCAGCCAAUUACCUCACUGUAAAACCCUUUAAAACCAAUAGAGGAAUGCUUCCUGUUUAGGUUACAGUGCUUACACACUACCUCGCAGCAAUAUACUCUAGACUUACUCAUUCUUUAGCCAUCACUUUAUGUUUGUCAAUUUUAUCCCAGUCAUUCAACUUCUAUAAGUGUUGCAAUGUGCAAGUUUUAAUUAAGCUUCAUGGGUAUUAGGAAAACAGUUCACUAAGAUUGAUGCAUGAAAAUGAAACCCAAGGUAUUACUGCUUUUAAAGUUCCUGCUCUGAAGUGAACAGGCAUUUUACUGUGUUUUAAAUAAGUUGAUGUGACUGCACAAACAGAUAUUGAGCCCUACACUGACCAUGUGAUUGUGUUAGGGUAUGCAGGUCUACUCAACUAAUGCAGACUGACUUUUUUUUUGCUAACGACGUGUUAGUCUUUAGUGUCUGAUUAGAAGUUGUAUUGGUUUUCAGAGAAGUACAGAGCAGCUCUGAAUCUUGCUCGGAAUCGAAUAAUAGAUUUCUCAGGGCUGACUUUCUACCACUUCCUCUUCAAACUUGUCAGCAAUGAAUGAAAUAGGCACCACUGCAUUAAAAACAAGUAUUUCAGGAAUAUAAACAGAAUGUUUGACAAAAAGGAGCACUGUUUUUUUAAAAAAUCAUUGUGCAAAGGAUGGACCUCAGUCACCCUGUGAAAAAUGUCUGUUGAUGACUGGGCUGACUCAGACCUGGUCUGUGCUUGCCUGUAUAAUUUUGAUCUUGGGGCAGUGAGGUAGCACUGUGCCUGGUGAUAGCUGAUACUGUUCUGCACUGCUCAGCACAGUGUGAAUGUUAACAAUGGCCAAAGCCCUUUAUUAACUUUUUCUUAAAACUGAAAUUCAACAUGUAAAGGAAAAUAGGAAUAAUGGAUAAUAGAUUUUUGUUAGUUAUUGUGAUCUUAUGUAUUCUGUAGUUCCAACCCUUAGUUUACUCUUUUAUCAGAAAUCUGCUUUUCUGAUGAGGCCAAGUUAGUACAGCCUUUUGUGUAAACUCCUUCUGUGUUUCAAAAUUGCAAAAGUUACUGGAUUGUUUUAAAUGCAGAAAAAAAUUAUCUUGGAAUAACAAUAUAGAAUUAAAUAGUCCACACACAGUAAAAAGAAUCAACAGUGGUGGAAGCCAAAAUAAAUCAUUCAGUAGGGAUGAGGAAUUCUUCCAGUCUGGUAACUAGAAAAUGAAUUCAAUUUGAAAUGCUGGGAAAGUUUACUUUAGUAAAAUGAUGUCGGACUUCAGGAAUGGUCUGUGCCCAGGACUGGCACUUUCCAAUGUUUCUAUUUGGGAUUUUAUGAAUCAUUCAGCUUAGACUGUCAAAAAUAACCUAAGUCUAAAAACGAGAUUGGAGUGGAGACAUUCCUGAAAAUAGUCCUUUUUGUAGUUGCCUUCUGUGUGCAAUUAAUGUCUAUCCAAAUCUACACUGCCUGUACCAAAAAUCUCCAUAACACACAGACGCUCACACAAAAAAGUAUACAUGGUUCAACUUUACUAACUUUUUUAAUCUUCCAUUUCUGGCGUUCUGUCUUGAUGGUUGUGGUGUUUGAACUUUUGAAAUUUGAUGUCAUUGUAAAAAAUUCUAAAUCCCAAAGGUAAUUUUUACUCUGAGUGCACAGACUCGCUUACUGUAAAUGUAAAGACAUGACUGAUUGAAGUUUCGACAGGACUCUGUCCCAGACAGAUUCCUGAGCUCUUUUCUAAAAAAAAGUGUGAAAGCUGAGCUUUUGGUUUGAUGCAGAACCCCUUCCUGCCCCAUAAAUGUUACUCAUUUUGCAAUGAAUGUAUUCAGUCCCAAUGGAGCUUCAGGCUGCUGUUAAUGUGCACUGGUCCAAGGUGAUCUCUGUGCAGAGUUUGGAUUUGGGAGUUAUAAGUAAAGAUAGCUGAAGAUCACCCUGUGGAAAAUCUCUGAAACUACAGGGCAGCUUGCUUAAAAAUGUCAAUGAUUUCUGGGAAUACGAGCAAAAGAAUGAGUUAGCUACUCCUUAAAAAUGUCCAUCUUUAAGUAACAAUAAUGUCUAGUUUUUUUUAAUCUUUCAUUGGAAGAUAUGUUUGUUGGUUUGAAUUAUUUUCAACAAAUGGAAGAUUUGUAUGAAAAUUCAAAUGAAAACCUGAUUUGUAUGUGACUUUGGCCUGUUGCAGCUGAUAACCAGGAGUGCAGGAUUCCCAUCUCAGCACUGAUCACUUUAGACCUUGGCAUAAGAUGCUAUCUUAACUUGUUCAGCCACCAACGGUAGAUGUCCAAAAUUUCAAAUAAUAUUUGAACUUACAAUCAUUCUGGAUGUGUUCUGCACAGCUACUGUCUAUAGUGUUGUGAUCAGUGGCCAACACUGCAGUGUGACCUGUCCAAACGAUCUGUCAUUAUGGGAAAGGUCUUACAAUUCUGAUCAUUUUGUUCACCCUGAACGAGCGAAGCAGCAUAAAGCUCCUUUUUAACUGUGAUCCACUCCUUAAAUCGACAUUCAGUAGUAAGACAUGUACAAGAGAUUUCUGUUUAUUCAGAUGGAACUAGAGGAAAAAUAAUUAUGCGUUCUUAAGAAAUUUAUUUUAAUCAUGUUUUUAUAUUUUGAUGUUUUAAAAAAUUUAAAGGUUAAAUUUCAAGUUGAGGUUGUAACUCAAAUUACUUUGUUUAGGGAAUAUGCAUUCUAAAAGCAGUGUGUUAGUACCACUAUUACCAGUCAAUGCAGUGCAUGUUUCUCUAUAUCUUGUAACAUCGCUAACUCCUUGAGUGACUCUCCCUCCUCAUCCUACACCUACAAUUUGCAUUUUUUUGGGACAUGGGGAUGGGGGAUAACUGCAGAGAUGUUCUAAAUAAAUCAAAUCUCAGUUUCUAUUUAUAAAACAUUUAAUUUGAAAAUGAAAUUUCCAGUUCUUUCCCUCCAGAAAUCUAUUUUUUGACGUUUUGACAAACAUGGACUCUUUCUUUGAGAAUCAAAUCUGGUCAUAGUGAGGUAUUUGUACCAGCAAAAAUGAUCUACUGUCAAUUAUAGUUCAUGAAUAAUGCAACGAUUUAUAACAAUGUUACAAAGUCACUUAAAAAAUUAAUAGAAGUCAGUGUUGGCAAGACAAGUCACUAAUUAUGUUUGUGGUUGACAGAUACCCCAAAAUCAAGUACCUGAGAUUUUAAAAGAAAGCUUUUUUUAAACAAGUAGUUCAGGAAAAACAAUAUAGGUAAUAGCUACCAAUAGGAAAUAAAGUUGCCAUUGUUAAAAACUAAAAACAAUCAGAUUAUAUGAAAUCUCAGUGAGCCAUUUAUUUUCAGUAAUCAUAGAACAACAAUUGCAAAUACGCAGGAUGAUACAUCUGUUUAAAUAGAAGUCUACUGUAUUAAAAAUUUAACCUGUAUAAAUUUGCUUACGGUGGGUCAUUUUCAGUUACUGGAAAGGGUUCAUGCCAUGGCAAAAACCAGAUACCGUGUAAACGGCUUGAUAACUUUUGAAAAAAAAGUUAAGAAAACAGUGUAUUGCAUUUUUAUUUGUAUUGAUUAACACAAAACAGAAUAAAACAUUUGUUUUGCCACAAA